GGGCCCCUGGCGUUUCCUCAGCGGCUCCAGUCGCGGCUCGACCUCCAAGAUGGCGGCUGCGGUCAGGGCUAGCGGGAGCUGGGCGCGCUUCGCCGCCGCCGCCAAGUACAGGCCCGGCAGGGGAGGAGGACGGCGACCGGACGGCUAUGCCUGCCGGAACCUCAGCACCUCCGCCCCUCUCAAAUCUCGGACGCAUGUCAACUAUGACGUCAAAGGCGACAUUGCAGUUGUGCGGUUUAACUCUCCAAACUCCAAGGUGAACACACUCUCCAAGCAACUGCAAGCCGAAUUCACAGAAGUCAUGAACGAAAUCUGGGCCAACGAUGCCGUCAGCAGCGCCGUCCUCAUCUCCGGAAAGCCGGGCUGCUUCAUCGCUGGGGCCGACAUCAACAUGAUUGAGGCCUGCAAAUCGAGUGAAGAAAUCACCCAGCUCUCUCAGGAGGGGCAGAAGAUGAUGGACAAGCUGGAGAAGUCCCCCAAGCCCAUUGUGGCCGCCAUCAGUGGCUCCUGCCUGGGAGGGGGCCUGGAGGUGGCCAUUGCCUGCCAGUACAGAAUUGCCACCAAAGACAAGAAGACGGUCCUGGGGACGCCGGAGGUGCUGCUGGGGCUUUUGCCGGGGGCCGGGGGCACUCAGCGCCUGCCCAAGAUGGUGGGGAUCCCGGCGGCCUUUGACAUGAUGCUGACCGGGCGCAACAUUCGGGCCGACAAAGCCAAGAAGAUGGGGCUGGUGGACCAGCUGGUGGACCCUCUGGGUCCGGGCAUCAAGAGCCCCGAGGAGCGGACGAUGGAGUACCUGGAGGAGGUGGCCGUGUUUUUCGCCCGGGGCCUGGCCAACAAGACCGUCUCCCACAAGAAGGACAAGGGCCUGGUCCAGAGGGUGACGGACUACGUCAUGGCCAUCCCCUUCGUGCGCCAACAAAUCUACAAAACGGUGGAGGGACGGGUCCAGAAGCAGACCAAAGGCCUCUACCCGGCACCUCUGAACAUCAUUGCGGUUGCGAAGACGGGCCUGGAGCAGGGGAACGAAGCCGGGUACCUUGCGGAGUCCCAGAGAUUUGGGGAACUCGGGAUGACCCCAGAGAGCCGGGCCCUGAUCGGGCUCUACCACGGACAGGUCCAGUGCAAGAAGAACAAGUUCGGGCAGCCAAAGCAACCCGUCAAGACGCUGGCCAUCCUGGGGGCCGGCCUGAUGGGGGCGGGCAUUGCCCAGGUCUCUGUGGACAAGGGACUGACCACUAUCUUGAAGGACACGGCCCUGGAGGGCUUGAGCCGCGGGCAGCAGCAGGUCUACAAGGGCUUGAACGACAAGGUGAAGAAGAAGAGCCUGACCUCCUUUGAGCGGGACACCAUCCUCAGCAACCUGACGGGGCAGCUGGACUACAAGGACUUUGGGAGGGCCGACAUGGUCAUCGAGGCCGUCUUUGAGGACCUCAGCAUCAAGCACAAAGUCCUGAAGGAGGUGGAGGCGGUGGUGCCUCCUCACUGCAUCUUCGCCAGCAACACCUCCGCCCUCCCCAUCCAUCAGAUAGCGGCCGCCAGCCAAAGACCGGAGAAGGUGAUCGGGAUGCACUACUUCUCUCCCGUGGACAAGAUGCAGCUGCUGGAGAUCAUCACGACCGACAAGACCUCCCAGGACACAGCGGCUUCCGCUGUUGCCGUGGGCCUCAAGCAAGGGAAAGUCAUCAUUGUGGUUAAGGAUGGUCCUGGUUUCUACACCACCAGGUGCCUCGCCCCCAUGUUGGCUGAAAUUGUCCGUGUUCUCCAGGAAGGCACGGAUCCCAAGAAGGUGGACGCCAUCUCCACCGGCUUCGGCUUCCCUGUCGGGGCGGCCACCCUGAUUGACGAGGUGGGGGUGGACGUGGCCACGCACGUGGCGGAGGACCUGGGCAAGGCCUUCGGGGAGCGCUUCAAGGGCGGGAACGUAGAGCUGAUGAAGGCCAUGGUCGACAAGGGAUUCCUGGGCCGCAAAGCAGGGAAGGGCUUCUACAUCUACCAGUCCGGGUCCAAGGAGCGCAGCCUCAACAGCGGCAUGGAUGAGAUCCUGGAGAAGUUCCGGGUGGAGGCCAAGCCGGAGGUCUCCACGGAGGAGGACAUCCAGAUGCGCCUGGUCUCCCGCUUUGUGAACGAGGCCGCCCUGACCCUGCAGGAGGGCAUCCUCAGCAACCCCGUGGAGGGGGACAUCGGGGCCGUCUUCGGGCUGGGCUUCCCACCCUGCCUGGGGGGCCCCUUCCGUUACGCGGACUUCUACGGCGCCCGGCGGCUGGUGGACCGGAUGCGGAAGUACGAGGAGGUCUACGGGAGCCCCUUCACGCCUUGCCAGCUGCUGCUGGACCACGCCAAGGACUCCAGCAAGAGGUUCCACAAGUGAACUGGUUUGAACCCCCGCACGUUGCAGCCCCGGGGGGACGGAGGAGGAGCCUGGCCGCCGGGGACCCUCGUGCCUUUCUCAGUGCCUUAGCCGGUCAGGCACCGCCCGCCUGGCCCACUCCCCUUGGACAUCGGCUUCCCAUGAUCAGGGGGGAGAAGUGGGGCAGGGAGUGGCCUCUGGACCUCUUGCAGGUGAGGAGGGAGCCAGGUAUCCGUCCGCCACAAAGACCCGGGAGAUGAUUCCUGACAAUAAAUCCCAGCCUCUUGUUCUGUGGGUCA